UGCCGCACUUCAAAGCUCACACCCACAUCACAGCAGCCUGGAUAAACCUACCUAGAGAUGAAACUGUUCAUAGUACUCAGCGCUCUGAUUGCCUGCAGCUCGGCUGGACUCAUUCGCAGCAGCGGCUGGUCCGGUGGCAGCAGCGGCUGGAGCUCGAAUCCUUGGGCCAGCAGCGGCAUCAGCACCGGCGGCUGGAGCUCGAAUCCUUGGGGCAGCGGUGGCGGCAGCGGCUGGAGCUCGAAUCCUUGGGGCAGCGGCGGCGGCUGGAAUAGCGGCUGGUCUUCCCAGCCCAAGAUCAUUAAAGUUAUUAAAAUUGGCGGCGGCGGCAGUGGCUGGAACAAUGGUGGCGGCAGCGGCUGGAGCAAUGGCGGCGGCUGGAGCAAUGGCGGUGGCUGGAGCAAUGGCGGUGGCUGGUCGGGCCAGAGCAUCGGCAGCAGCGGCUGGUCCAGUGGCAACAACGGCUGGGGCAGCAGCGGCUGGUAGUGAGGAUCGCAGGCAAAGGCUCUGGCAACCGCGCGCUGAUUCGUAUUGAUUAUCGAUUUUUGAUUUCAUAUUAUGUAUAUGCAUAAGGGUAUAUUUUUUUUCUAAUUUUUUUAUACAA